GCUUUGACUAUUGGUGGCGUAGUGAGUGAGCGGAAUCAAAAUCAGCUGGACGGCCUAGCCGGGCCUAGCCCUCUUGCUGGACAGCUGGAUCCGUCCCUCCUAAGUCGUCACAUUAGUAGUACACUAUUAGUACGUGUCUGCGUGUGUGUAUGUACCAAUCUGUUGGUUGGUUCUAUCUUGUUCUAUGGUUCCAUGGUUCUUGGUAGUACCGUAUCACGUCUAAAGGAGUGCUAAAGUUUAGCAAGAAAGAGAGAGGAUUGAGGAAGUGAAUGCAAGGAGAGAGAAAAUAGGACUUCAAACAGCCAACUUUGCUCCUGAAUUGAAGCUCUCAGCUGACCAACUGGUCAAGUGUGAACCACUACAAACUUCCCGUCCUUGGGUCCUUGCGUCCUCCCGGCCUCCCGGCCUCCCGCCCUUCCGUCUGUAUUUGGGUAUUUGGUCUAUAUUCGAGUCCUUCUGUUCCGUCAUCCAAUUUUGACCCGACUCUAGCUUAGAAUUGAUUACCACCCACGUCCUGAUUGUUGUUGGGGGGCUGUUGUUGAGUGUGUCCAAUCAUCAGUUGGUGUUGUUUGUCCUCAUGAGCGCCAUGGAGCCCAUCUUAGAGGGCCUCACCGUCGAGUCCGAACGGCUCUACAAGGAACACAAAUUCAAAGAAGUCGAGGAGAUGUUCUCCACCUUCCUCAAGGAGGCCGUAGGGGAGAAGCCCGAGAUCCGCGCCCAAGCCCUCAACAACCGGGGACACGCCAAAUACAUGCAAGUCAAAUUCGACGAGGCGCUUGUGGAUUACGAGGAGUCCAUUGUGCUCGCUAAAACCAUUCCCGCCACCUUUUACAAUCGGGCCACCAUCAAGUUUCGGAUGGGCAAGUUCGACGAGGCCUUGCCCGACUUCGAGGAGGCCGCCACUCAAGCGCCUCAGAAUGAAGAGUUCCAAGAGGGCUUGGCCAAGUGUCGGAGCGCGGCCAAAGAAUAG